AGUCACAUGGCUGGUUUGGGUGAAGCAUCACGGCACUCCUCAGCAUCAUCCCAUCCCCCAGCCUUAUUGGUUACACAGGCCCCUCCCCUCCCCCACCAUGUCAGAAUAGCAAUGAUCUCACAAUAGGAGGUGGUCUGACUGCCAGCACAGUCUGGAGACUUACUCAGAACCCCACCCAUCCUCAACCAUUACCACACUCACGUCAAGCAGGCUGGCACCAGCCCAGACUGUACUUUCCUCAGACUCCCAGGCCUAGUUCAGGUCAAGCAGAUGAACUUAAUUGGUGAGUGACCCACAGCUGUGAAUUCCUCUGCCAUCCUCAGAGUCUUUGGCCCAGCUGGUGUCAAGCAGCCUGGGCACCCAACCAGACUGGACUAUCUUCAGUAAAAAAAAAAAAAAAAAAAAAAAAAAAAAAAAAAAAAAAAAGAUCAACCUAUGAGGGACCCAGACUGUGCCAUCCCUACAGUCCCUGUUCAACCUCAACCUAAGGUCAAAUUGCCUUCUCCCCAGCUUACUUUGGUCUACCUUUGAUCAGCCUGCACUUAAUCCAACUUCGUGAGUGAUCAAGACACUGCCCUAUUGUGCAACUGCAGAGUACCAGGCACAGGUUUGGUCAGGGGAACACAUCACCUGCCCAGACUUCCACCAUGAUUGGCGAGAUCUGUGUUGCAGCAACCUUCAUCUCCAACUUCCUGUGCACCAGGGGCCUCAGGAAUGAGCAGCAGCUACAGAUCUUCAGCCAGAGCCUGCAGGAGCUACUGGUAGAGCACUACAAACAUCACUGGUUCCCAGAGAAGCCCUGCAAGGGUUCAGGUUACAGGUGUAUUCGUAUUAACCAUAAAAUGGAUCCUCUGGUCGGCCAGGCAGCCCAGCAGAUUGGACUGAGCAGCCGAGAGCUGUUCAGGCUUCUCCCAAGUGAACUCACACUGUGGGUUGACCCCUACGAAGUGUCCUACAGGAUUGGAGAGGAUGGCUCCAUCUGUGUGCUGUAUGAAGCCUCACCAGUGGGAGGUAGCUCUCAAAACAGCACCAACGCUCAAACAGUAGAUAGCAGAAGCAGCUGUAAGGAGGAACCUCUUUUGGGCAGAACAAGCCCUUCUAAAAACUACAAUAUGAUGACUGUAUCAGGUUAAGAUACAGUCUACGGAUGGAUCAUCUUAUAAUGGAUGGAUAAAUUGAUUUUUGCUUUGGGUGGGUUCCUCUUGGGGAUGGAUUAUUGAAUUUAAACCAUGUCACGGCUGUAAAGAUCUGGAAUGAGA